AAACGUCGAUGGACUUUAUACGCGCAGCCAAGCACAGUCAACGAACCUCCAGAAAUAUUGUUGCUAUGCAAUUCAAUCGAUGACGCCUUUCGACCCACUAGAAAAUCCUGCCUCUUCAACUCUAUAAUAAAAAGAUCCUUAUCAAUCCGCCAAUUCACAUAAAAAUUGUCACACGACUCACUUAGCUCGACACGAUUCCCACUUUCUUCGACGAGAAUAAGUGCGAUGUUGCAAGUCGAGUUAUCGGGUGCCGAGCUAGUCGAACCCUCCUCGAAAUCCUAAUUCAUUGCUCCGGGACUCCGAUCUUGCCCACCUGCGUAUUCCCAUUGGUGCCUAGCUUCGACCGUUGUCCAUGUCGUUGCCACCAUCCGUGAGGAAGCCUCCAUUUGCAAUGCCUGACAGACGAAUCUUCAGACUCUUCCAAGCGCUCGGUUACCGUGCGAGGAUCGCGUCAGUCAUUCUGGUCCCCCACCCCAAAGGCAAGAAAGAGCCACUGCUUUGCUUUUGGGCAGCUUCUCUGUCCAGCACUGAUUAAUCUCCGCAACUUGACUUGGGGACAAAACAUCCGAGCCUGGCCACUUACGUUGGAAAACUACCCAGAAACCUAUAUUUAUGUGCGUUAGUUAUGUGGUCAUACACUCCCGCCUUUGUCUUCUUCUCUCCUGUAGAGUGUCGACGCUGCAUGGUCGGCGCUGUGUCAUGAAUCUCUCGUCGUUGCCACCUACUGCGCAUUGAUAACGAAGCAUAUUCGUGUCCCAGCUAGCAGUUAUAUGCGCUUCGGAAAUUCGGAACUCGUACCAUCCGUUUACGUGUUUUGAACUAGGCCUUUUGUACGAGCAAACGCCGGUGUCGAACUCGAAGUCAUAGAGAUGGUUAUGGAGAAAGAUAGGUAGAGACUGUCUCUCCUACUGCGCUUCUGACUCUCAGGGGUUGGGUGCCCAAAAAGGAUUGAUAUCUCACUGAGAUUUAACCGUCAUUUUUGCAGCUAUUUUU